AUCCCAGCACUCAGGAGUCUGGAGACAGGAGGAUCAGAAGUUCAAGGUCAUACUCAAGUAUAUAGAGUUCAUCUCCUGCCUGGGCUACAUGAGACCCUUGUUCCCAGACAGUACCCCUUCACUCCCCAAAAAGAAAGAUGCAGGGGUGCAAGACAGUAAAGCAUAAUUUUUAUUGGAACCUUGAAUUGGGUUUCACAUGCUAGUGACCUCAAAAGUGAUGGUGGUCUGUUAUCUUCAUCUCUGGCAAGCCAAGGAACUCCUCACACCAGCAUCCUGUGGAUGGGAGGAGAUCAUGGCCCGGGCACUAGGGCAAGCAGGAAGAGCCUCAUAGAGGAAGGGGGGAGUCCCCCCCCACCUGGGAGGGGCCCCCAACAGGCUGCUGAAGCUGAGACUGAGGAGGAAGUGAGAGGAGGAGGUGAGGUGCAGCAAGGAGCCUGUGACACUGGGGUCCAGGGCACAAUGGCCCAGGCCCUGGGGGAAGAGCUGGCGCUGCCGUCAGAACUACAGGAUGAUUCUAGCUCGCUAGGGUCUGACUCAGAGCUGAGUGGGCCUAGUCCGUAUCGCCAGGCUGACCGUUAUGGCUUCAUUGGGGGCAACUCAGCAGAACCGGGGCCUGGUCACCCCCCUGCAGACCUCAUCCGCCAGCGGGAGAUGAAGUGGGUGGAGAUGACCUCACACUGGGAGAAGACCAUGUCUCGACGAUACAAGAAGGUCAAGAUACAGUGCCGCAAGGGCAUCCCCUCAGCCCUGAGGGCCCGGUGUUGGCCCCUGCUCUGUGGGGCCCGGCUGUGCCAGAAGAACAACCCUGGCACCUAUCAGGAGUUGGCAGGGGCCCCUGGAGACCCGCAGUGGAUGGAGACCAUUGGCAGGGACCUGCACCGCCAGUUCCCUCUGCACGAGAUGUUUGUGUCACCCCAGGGACACGGGCAGCAGGGGCUGCUGCAGGUUCUCAAGGCCUACACCCUGUACCGGCCGGAACAGGGCUAUUGCCAGGCUCAGGGGCCUGUAGCUGCCGUACUGCUUAUGCAUCUGCCCCCAGAGGAAGCCUUCUGGUGCUUGGUGCAGAUCUGCGAGGUCUACCUCCCGGGCUACUAUGGGCCCCACAUGGAGGCAGUGCAGCUGGACGCUGAGGUGUUCAUGGCCCUUCUGCGGCGACUGCUUCCCCGUGUGUACAAGCACCUGCUGCAGGCAGGCGUUGGGCCCCUGCUCUACCUGCCGGAGUGGUUCCUGUGCCUCUUCACCCGCUCGCUGCCCUUCCCCACGGUGCUGCGCAUCUGGGAUGCCUUCCUCAGUGAGGGUGCCAAGGUCCUCUUCCGCGUGGGGCUGACAUUGAUGCGGCUGGCACUGGGUACCGUGGAGCAGCGCACGGCAUGCCCAGGGCUCUUGGAGACACUGGGGGCCCUUCGAGCCAUCCCCGCCACCCAGCUGCAGGAAGAGGCCUUCAUGUCCCAGGUACACAGUGUAGCCCUGUCUGAGCGAGAUCUGCAACGGGAAAUCAGGAUCCAGCUAGCCCAGCUGCCCAAGUCAUCUCCUGGGCCAGCACCUCUGCCACAGGCCCGCCUUCCUGGGGCCCAAGCCAUCUUUGAGUCCCAGCAGCUGGCAGGGGUUCGAGGAAGCACCAAACCUGAGAUACCCCGAAUAGUGGUGCAGCCCCCAGAGGAGCCCAGGCCACCACGGCGCAAGCCACAGACCCGUGGCAAGACUUUCCAUGGGCUCCUGACAAGGGCCCGGGGACCCCCUAUUGAGGGUCCCUCCAGAUCCCACCGAGGCUCCGCCUCUUUCCUGGACACCCGCUUCUGAGUGUACAGUGCACUUGGUGCCACCAUAUCUCAAUCGUCUGAGCAGCCACGCCAGCCCCAGAAAUGUGCAUUGCACUUCAAGGACCACCCGGAGGAGGGGAGUAUCUCCCCACUUUGAGGACUGUGUCAGGCACAAAGAUAAAGGAAGGCCACUGAGUGGAGUUUGCGGGGAGCUAUCUGGUGCCUGCCAUUUCCAGCCUCAAAGCCAGCACUGAAGGAGUGUGGGGGUGAAGUGUCUGGCUGGGAUACAGUACCCCCAUGGGCUUCUUGUUGGGGAUCCUGAAAUAAAGCCUGACUGAGAAGAUACUUGGAUA